CUCCUCUUGGAACGAGUCGAUGUUGACCCCAAUUUGGCCGACAAUUUUAAACGGACACCGCUCUUGUGGGCGGUGGAAAACGGGAGAACAGAAGCAGUUAAGCUCCUCUUGGAGCGAGCCGAUGUUGAUCCCAAUUUGGCCGACAAUGAUGGGCGAACCCCGCUCUUGUGGACCGCGGAAACGGGGAGAACCGAAGUA